GGCCGCGCCGCGAGGCUUGGCGUCCAGCCAGCGCCUCGGCACUCCCCGACGGCCCGGCUGCCCGCACUUACCAGAAGCUGCCCCGGCGCUUGGAAAGUGUACCAGACACCAUUCGUGGCCCGUGACCCGAAGCGCUCCUCCAACGUUUGAGUUACGAGCUAGAAACAUUGCUGCCCAGGGCCAUACCUUGCAAGUAAGCGCGCGUUGGCGACCCCCAGCGGUGCAGCCUCGACGACGACCAUACCAUGGUGACGCGCUACGAGUACUUCGACAGCCGCAACAACCGCUGGAACCCCUACGACGCGGCGACGUGCGCGUUUCUGGAGAGCGCCGAGCAGGCAAACCCGAAUGCGAUCGUGCAGUUGCAGGGUUUGCCCUUCCAAGUGCGAUUUGGCCAGAAUGCCCGCUCCCAGAAGAUGGUGUCGUCGACGGGCAUUCUCCAAGUGAACGUCAAUACCGAAAACUCGCGCGACGUCCGGAGGGUGGCACCGAUGCAGCCGCAGCAACAGCAGACGGUGCAGGUCCAAGUACCGCCCAACGCGUAUCCCGGCAUGCACGUCCAAGCCCGGAUCCCCGACGGCCGGACGAUCGACGUGCCGAUCCCGGCGGGGGUCAUGCCCGGCCAGAUAAUCUCCGUGGCCGUACCGGCGCAGGCGCCGCCGAUGAUGCCGCGGCUCCAGAAUCCGGGCGCCGCGCAGCGACCCCAGAUGCCGGCGGUCGGCGGCCCCGUGAUGCCGCAAAUGCCGACGAUGCAGCGCGGGAAUCCGCAGAUGCCGGCGAUGCCCGGGCAGUACGCGCGGCCCCAGCACGCCGGCGACUUCGUCGGUCCGCCGGCGCAGCGACCCGUCGGCGGCGGCGCCGCCGCGGCGAUCUGGACGCAGCUGGAGAUGCGCGACUGCCCCGAGAUCGUCGGUCAAGCGCUGAAUGAAAUGGGCCCCGCGGUCUUCGCCGAGACGCCCAUGGACAACAUGCGGCGGACCAUCGUCCACAAGGCGUGUAGCUUCGGGCGGCUCCAGACGCUGCAGGCCAUCGGGGCCGUGCUGCAGGCCGCGGGGCGGAACGCGCUGCUCAACCAGCAGGACGCGACGGGCAAGCGCAGCAUCGACUACGCGGCGAAACGGGGCCAGGCGCACGUCGUGAAGUGGCUCCUCGAGCACGGCGCGCCGGUCAGCCAGGCCCAGUCUUUAGGUGCGCAGCACCCCGCCGUCGCGGCGCUCUUCGGCGCGCAAGCGCCCCAGGGCGGCGCCGUCAACGCGGCGCGCGCGCUCGCGAGCUCACCAAAGCCGGACGACGACCUCACGGCGUUCCUCAAGGAAUGGGGCCUCGAGGAGCACGAGGCCGACUUGCGAGGUAUUGGGGUAGACGACGUCCGGACCUGUGUGGAAAUCAAAAUUUUACGGCGCGUUCGUGCUGAAUCAUCGCAUCGUCCUCCACGCCAUCGACGCGACGCCUGCUCGAUGGCGUGGCGAUGCCAGUUCCUCACCGCUCGACCGAGCCAGCACGGCCACGUCAUCGCCGAGAAAUGACUUAGUGAAGAAUUGUCGGGUGCACCCGACGCACUGGUUGAUUUUCACACAGGUCCGGACGCUCGGAACUUUUGAAGAGCACGAGCUGAAGGGCAUCGCCAAUGAAUUAGGAAUGAAUUUUGGCCACGGCCACAAGUUCGCGGACGCCUGCAAGCAGGUGCGGAACAAGACGCACGCCCCGCCGCCGGGCUUAGGUGAUGACGCCGCCGCCCUGCUCCUGCAAAAAAUGAACGCCAUCGAGCAGCAGGGACAGGCGCGCGACAGGGCCAUCGCGGACGUCACGCAGGGCCUGCACCACAUCGACGAGGGCGUGCACCACAUCGACGCGACGACGACGAAGACGGCGCAGAGCGUGGAGCAGAUCAAGGCCAAGCUCGACGAGGUCGUCGCGAAGACGCGCGGCCAGACGCGCCUCCUGGCCGACCUGUGUAGUGGCACGACGGAGUGCCCGAAGCUCGUGUGGAUGGCCCGCGCCGACCCCAAGGGCCUCGCGAGCUGGAUCUCGCCGAGCGCGUGGUACGGGAAAAAGGUGAAGAUCCAGUUCGUCUGCCCCGUAUCGAUGAAGGUCGGCCCGGGGCCGGGCUUCGAGUUGACCCUAUCAAAGGACUGGAUGAAGAAGUACGGCGUCGCGCUCAACGUCUCGCUGGGCAUCCUGCGGCUGGCGAUGCAGGUCGGCGCCGCGGCCAUGGGCUGCCACCACUGCCACAUCGCGGACAUGUCCGUCGACCGCGCUCGAUUAAAGAACGCGGACGACCUCUACGCCGAGGUGACCAAGGGCCUGGACAAGGACCAGCAGGAGGCGCUCGAGAAGGGCGCGCCGCUCGGGAAGCAGCUCGCCGAGGCGUCCUUCCAGAUGCUCCUGCGCGACAUCAUGAAGGAGCACGGGGAGCACCCCAACUUCGGCCUCGUCAAGGUGGUCUGCGACAAGUCGCCGAACGAGGGCGUCGAGUGGGUCCACCCGGACUGCGUCGAGGCGUUCCGGGAGAAGGGGCUGUCGUUGCUGCGGCCUAAGAAAUAGCAACUAGGCAGUCCUACACUCCCCACGCGCAAGUGUCCGCCAC